GUUCCGUGAUUCAGGAUACUGACUCCAGUACUCACCGAUAUGGUUUCGGAAUCGGAACAACUCUAGCACCAAACACCUCUGAUCAGGGUUGCGUUCUGAAUGGAGAUGGCGGCCGAAAGAGGAAAAGGUCCUGGUCCCACAAGGGUAAAACUGCUGCCCCUGGCUCAGAAUGUAAUGGGUCUAAUGAGCCAAAUACGUCCCGGGAGCGUCUUGCUUUGCCGACCCUCCCUGCAACAAAGAUCCUGUGCUGUUGUCCUGGGAAUGUUAGCCAGGGAUGCAACGCUAUGCCCUCCAGGCCCUGGGGACUAGGCAGGGGUGGUUGGAUGGAGCCUGUAGGCCAUUGUCCACCCCUGAACCAAAACCAAGGCGCCCGGCCACAGUGCUUGGGGGGGCAAGAACAGACGGGUCUCUCUCAAGAUCAUGGAUACCUCUCCACUUCCUGCCCUAAAGCCACUAAACGCAAGCGUAAAGCCAGGCUGGAAAAACUGUAUGUAAAGGGCACGUUGCUGGGGAAAGGUGGCUAUGGCUCUGUAUAUGCAGGAACCCGCAAAUCUGAUGGCAUGCCAGUAGCCAUAAAGUAUGUGUCCAAGGCUGAAGCUGAGGAGGAGCUGGACAUUCCUGGGCUAGGAGGAGCCCUGCCCGUGGAGGUGGCAUUGAUGAAGCAGGUGAACAUGGAGCCACAAUGCCCCAACAUCAUGCAGAUGCUGGAGUGGUUUGACCAGCCAUCGCGCUACAUCAUGGUGCUGGAAUGCCCAGAGCCUUGCCAGGACCUCAGUGCCUUCUGCCAAGACAGAGGGGGCACCAUAAGUGAGGAUUUGGCUCGCAAGGUCGUGGUGCAGUUGCUAAGGGCACUAAACCACUGCAAAGAAUGUGGCGUCCUGCACCGCGACGUCAAGCCAGAAAACCUACUUAUUCAGACCGACUCACACCACAUCAAGCUCUUUGACUUUGGCUGUGGUGACCUGCUGAAGAACACAGCCUACAAAGACUUUGCAGGCACAUUGGAGUACUCUCCUCCAGAGUGGUUCUUACAGAAACAGUACCUGGCAGGGCCAGCCACUGUUUGGACUGUGGGCAUCACCCUCUAUAACAUGAUAUGUGGCUUUGUGCCAUUCAGCACCAUCCGAGAGAUCAUCAAGGGUCGCGUGCGAUUCACUAAGGGACAGUCGCCCGAGUGCCGUCACCUGAUUCGCUGGUGUCUGAGCCCCAAGGCAGCAGACCGACCAACGUUGGAACAGAUCGAACUACAUCCGUGGCUCUUAUGA